ACGAUGGAUCCAACCCGGAGGAGAGGCCUUUAGCUGCUGUUAUUGGCUUGUAACGCCUUUAUUCAGCACGGAUCGCUGCUUCAUAUUUGAAUUUGUAAAAGUGCAGUUGUGAAGGUUAAAAGAAUGUCUCUCCUCCAUGAAUUUUUAUUUCAUUUCAGCAUGGAGACAUACGACCAUUUAUUUAUUUUAGAAAUGUAUUGCUGGUUAUUUGACGUUAGCUCCUGUGUGGAUCAAGCACCGUGCUGUGGGUCUGUUCUCCUCCAAAGUGAAGAAAACUCAAUCCAACUUUUGUACAUUUUUUUUCGAUCAUGGAACCUCCUCUCAGUUUUAAAGGCCAACUCCAGGUUGAAUUGGACUCGUUUUAUUUAUUAUUUGUCUUGUUGAAAAAUGAUGCGGUCGACUUUACUGUUAGGAAGGCGUAUUGGGGGGUUGGGUGUGUGUGUGUGGGGGGGGAGCUAAGGUUUCGAUUUAGAGACGGUCAAUUUUCUGGAAACAAAGGACUUGGAUAUCUCCAUCAUCUUGCCUGUGUGUCUAUGUGUGCGCGCACUUUUACUCCCUCUGAUAACACUACCGAAAGUGCACAAGAGACUCAUUUUGAUUGGGAAAACAUCUAUUCCAUCCACUGCAGCGGCUUUUGUUUUGUAGCAUAUUUUAUUUAUUUGUGGUUUUUGUAUGUCUUGUUUUGGUGCAAUUAAACGCAGAUUGUGUGGAAUUAAAGAGAGUUACAGUUUUUCUGUAAAACAAAAAAAGGGUAUUAUUAUUCUUUACAACGCAGCGCUCUGUCUAGUUUCUGUGCGUCAUGACUCUGAGUAAUACAGGCCUGAGUCCUUGUUUUUAGGUGUUUUGUGUCUGUUUUAUAGCAGUAAGAAAGUGACAGCAGCAGAGAGUGAGUCUGGGUCUUACUGUACUGUGUUAAUAUUGGGAAUGGUGGAAACAAAGCAAUGGAAGUCUGCGGCAGCUAGUGUGUGAGCGGGUCACGGUUGGGGAGAUGAAUUCCCUUUAGGAGGAAAAACAAAGAGCUGUGUAUCUCUGUUCAGUAAUGCACAGCUCAAGGGCAAAAGCAGCCGCACAAUCUGGAUGGGGCAUAUGGACUUGCCAUGCCAGUGAUGUUAAUAUCGGAAAAUGGAGGGAAAUAAAUCCUGUUUAUUCAUGCAAGGCAAAAGGCGACCCUGGGUGAGGCUGAAUUACCAUGCACGGGGAGUUAAAUGUGGAAUAGGCGCCUGUUGGAGGCAACACGGGUUUUAAAAGAGGGAAACGGUGCUGGAUUCUCGUCCCUAAUGCAAAGGUCUGCUAGUGAUUUAGGAGGCCGUGUAACCUGAAUUAGUUGAUGAAUUUUCUAUCGAUCCUAAACAAGCCAGAUUUAUCUCUGACACGGUGCUGCUGCUGGGUGGCGGCUCAGCAGCCGGCCAGGCCACUCUCCCACUCCCCGUUAUUAGCGAUUUAAAAGAACACACACAAAAAAGAAAAAAGCUUUGGCAAGCACGUCCCUACACACACCCAAAUAUAUACACAGAGGGUGGUGCAGGCGCCACUUUAAAUCCCCCCAAGCGCUUUCUUUCUGCUGCUUCUUUCUCCUUUCUUUUUUCUAUUUGAAGUUGCAGCCAGAUGCGUAACAGGGGGAAGGGUUCGUUUGCAAUAAGGGAGGACUUGUCAUCUCUACUGUAACUCUGUUGCUCGUGUGUGUCUGCGCGCGCGCUACCGGAGCGGCUUCAGCUGGAGCGGAAUGUAUUUUCAGCGUGUCAGUCGCGCUUUGUUAUUGUUGUGAUUCUCUGCCCGCUUAGGACGGCAUGCGUGCCGACGUGUGGUGGAGAGAUAUAUAGAAAGAAGGGGCAUAAGGGGAGGGAGAGGGGAAAGUAUUGUAAGACUGUGAAUGCCCACAAACUGAGGCCAUAUGAUGAUGCGCGUGCGGGGGCCGUGUAUAUGCUUAAUCCCAUUUCCUUAUCCGGGGUCCGUCCUGGAGGCGCGCCAUUGGCCGGCUGCCGUCACGUGGCUUCUUAACUUUGUUCACUUGACAGAAAAGUAGGAGGGUUCAACGGAACAGGAAUAACCGAAGAGUAAAGGGAUGAGAUAUAAAUUUUAGUUAUAUAUUUUCCGAGUAGGUGCAAUUCCACAAAAAGACUGAAAUUAAUGGCCAUGAGCUCCUAUUUGAUCAACUCCAACUAUGUGGACCCGAAGUUCCCACCGUGCGAGGAAUACUCACAGAGCGACUAUCUGCCCAGCCACUCUCCGGACUAUUACAGCUCCCAGAGGCAGGAGCCUGCUGCCUUUCAACCGGACUCUCACUACCACCACCAUCAACACCACCCGCACCACCAGCAGCGAGCCGAGCCGCCGUUCACGCCGUGUCAGCGUGCAGGGCAGCCCGCUUCGGUGGUGAUGUCCCCUCGGGGUCACGUCCUCCCCCCGCCCGGGCUGCAGACCACCCCCGUCCCGGAGCAGAGCCACCGCUGCGACUCGGUGACACCCAGCCCGCCUCCGCCUCCGUCUUGCGGUCAAACGCCCCACAGCCAAAGCACUUCGUCCCCAGCAAGCAGUCGUAAGGACCCCGUAGUCUACCCGUGGAUGAAGAAAGUCCAUGUAAACAUCG